AUGACAAGAGGCUGCAUCGAAUAUGCUAGGAGGUGCAAGAAAUAUCAGACUCAUGAGCCAACACAACAAGUGCCAGUAUCAGACAUGCAUCCAAUUAUCAAACCACAGCCUUUUCGAGGAUGGGCUAUGGAUAUCAAUUUGUGGCAUAUAAAGGGAACGCGCCACCUAGAUGGAGGAAUUACAGAGGAUUCGGCGAGGAAUGGUGUGAGAACAUGGUUAAGGACUUACGAAAGGGAAGAGGAUGCAGCUUUGGCUUAUGAUAGAGCUACUUUCAAGGUGAAGGGCAGAAAAGCAAAGCUCAAUUUUCAUCACCUCAUUAGGUCAGAGCCACCAUCAUUGGAGCCGACGAGAGUGGUCGGCCACCAAGCAGUGACACUCGCCGGAACCUCCAUCACGGUCAAAAGAGAAGGAUGA